GCCAGGUUCGAAAUGACAUAAGAACGUGGCGUAGUUUACAAGCCACGUUCACGGGUCUAGCCGGCAAUCAGAAACCAGACUGGAUGAAGGUGGCUUCACGCGCGGCAGGUUUCUGACUUAUAAUUUUGAAACUACUGUGAAAUACUAACAAGUGAACUGGGCUCCUGUUAAAAAGAUAUCAUCAAAAUGGCUGAGCAAGAAGAGAUGAUGCCAACACAAGAUGCUGAGAGACAGGAGCAGGUUGCUGAUGGAGACUGUGCAGAGACUCGGGACCAAGCACUGGCCUUGAGUAGACGAGGCAACCAGGACCAGACAACAGUUGCAGCAGUCGAUCAAUUGCAGCAGUCAGUGCAGCAGAUAUCAAAAGAUGAUGCACAUGCAUCACACCACUCUGGUCAUCCAUCAGUUGACAUAUCAGAGAAUCCACCAAGUACAUCACAGCAACCACCAACACGGCAUGUGGCCUCAGGUGCACAAGAUUCCCCACAACGAACUGGAACCAUCGGAACCAUCGGCACAAUCAGUGGCAGUUACAGUCCUGUCAUUGUUGGUUCAAAUGCCGUUAAUAUUACUUACAACUUACAAGGAUGCAGCGCACCCAAAAAGAUGAAGCUUGACAGUCCAGCCCAAGAUGCUGCUGAUUGCUGUCAAAAGGACCUGAAAUGGUACUACAGGAUGACAGGUAGCUUUGUGGAUUUGAUUCCAUGGUUCGGUGAUGACAGGAAACAUAUCUUGGACAUCUACACAAAGUUACAGUUAAUACUUGGUAAGGACAAAGUCAUGCUGACAUCAUAUGAUGAUAUAUUACUACUUAAGACAAAAGAGGGAGAACUGAUCCCAAUAGCAGUUUUAACUGGGUUGGCUGGUAGAGGAAAGACCACACUUUUUAACAAAAUUGCAUAUGAUUGGGCAGUUGGUUCUAGUCAGGUACUACAGAAGUAUAAACUUGUCUUCCUGUUGAAAAUGCACGCACUGGAGCAGAGUUCAGAUCUUGUUGAUGCAGUUUUUGACCAACUCUUGGCUAAAGAUGUAAGUAUUGAUAGAGGUGCCCUGGACAUGUUUAUCAAGAACAGUCCUGGAAAAGUCCUUGUUUUACUAGAUGGCUUUGAUGAGCUCAUGACUACCUCCUUGUGUGAAUCCUCGUUUGGUUCCAUCCUGGAGAUCCUUAAUGGAAAGAUGUUGAGGGGUUGUACUGUACUUGUCAGCACCCGCCCCUCACACUUAGACAGACUUGUAUCAGAGGAACUUGUUCAGGAACCAUUCACACAUGUCGAGGUCAUGGGUUUCAGUGGGAAAAAUGUCACUGAGUAUGUUAAUAAUUUUUACACAGCUGAACCUGUCAAGGGCAAGGGACUUCUUAAAAAGAUUAGAUCGUCAGGCCUUCUGUCAGCUUUAGCUGCAAGUCCAAUGCUUCUUCUUUUGAUGUGUGUACUGUGGAGAGAAGACUGCACACUCCCAGAAACAAUGUCACUUCUGUAUCGUAAUGGAGUUCUCUACAUCUUCAAAAGAAAAACAUUGGACUCAAAAGAUGAAUCACAUGUACAAAAAAUUGUGAUUGAAAUUGGCAAGGUUGCGUUGCAUGGUCUUCUUUCUCCAGAUCAGUCACUCUCUUUCAAAGAAAGUGACUUUGAGUCGAGUGUGCUUAAGGAGGCUCUGAAAGCAGGUAUUCUGACCAGACAGACAGACCGCAAGGGACUACAGACUCACAACUGUAUUCAGUUUAUUCACAAGACAUUCCAGGAGUUCUCUGCUGCUGCUUACUUGCAAAGCUUGUUAGAAGCAGAGCCAGAGGAAUUUCAGAAGAUUUUGAAGGAAAUUAUGUCAAAGGGUGCAAGGACGUUUGAGUAUCUGCUGCGCUUUUGUUGUGGUGACAAUGAGGCAUGUACAUAUGAGAUUAUGAAGGAAUUUCAGUUGACGUAUCCGAAGAAGUUGUCAUUCAAAUCAAAGAUGGGUCAGUUGGCACUUCAUUGUUUCUAUGAAGGUCAUUCCAAACGUUUGCCUCCAGAGGAAUUCAUACAUUCAUUCAUAACAGAUGAAAUUUACAUUCAUAGGUUUGACAUGGAUUGUCUGAACUCAGUCAGAUACUUUUUGAAAUGUGUUGCUGAACAGACAAAAGACAGAGGAAAUACUUACCUUGCUAAGGUACAUAAAUUACAUGUACACUUUUGUCAAUGGACAUGGUUUAUUGAGGAGUUAGCUGUUAUCUUGUGUGCAAUGACAAAUCUUCGUGAUGUAAGUUUCAUGAACAAUGCAGAUACUGCUAAGUUGCUCAGGCAUCUACCCAACUUGGUACCUAAAUUGCGUCUUUCUGGUAAUGACCUGGGUGGUACAGCAGCAUCAUGGUGCAUGCAUUUGAAGCAGUUGAAGUCCCUCAAGGAGCUGGUCUUGAGUAACUGCUCAUUGAAUGGACAGGACAUCAAACAAAUUGUUGAAUCACUCGGGGAUCUACCCAACUUGGUUGAAUUGAGUCUUCGGCUAAAUGAUAACCUGGGUAGCACAGCAGCAUUAUGGUGCACGCAUUUGAAGCAGUUGAAGUCCCUCACAAAGCUGGGCUUGGGUAGCUGCUCAUUGAACGGACAGGACAUCAAACAUGUUGCUGAGUCACUCCGGGAUCUAACCAACUUGGGUGAAUUGGAUCUUUUUCGUAAUAACCUUGGUGGUACAGCAUUAUGGUGCACGCAUUUGAAGCAGUUGAAGUCCCUCACAAAGCUGGGCUUGGGUAGCUGCUCAUUGAACGGACAGGACAUCAAACAUGUUGCUGAGUCACUCCGGGAUCUAACCAACUUGGGUGAAUUGGAUCUUUCUGGUAAUAACCUGGGUGGUACAGCAGCAUCAUGGUGCAUGCAUUUGAAGCAGUUAAAGUCCCUCACAAAGCUGGGCUUGCGAGGCUGCUCAUUGAAUGGACAGGACAUCAAACAUGUUGCUGAGUCACUCAGGGAUCUACCCAACUUGGGUGAAUUGGAUCUUUCUUAUAAUAACCUGGGUGGUACAGCAGCAUUGUGGUGCAUGCAUUUGAAGCAGUUGAAAUCCCUCACAACGCUGUGCUUGGGUGAAUGCUCAUUGAAUGGACAGGACAUCAAACAUGUUGCUGAGUCACUCAGGGAUCUACCCAACUUGGCUGAAUUGAUUCUUCAUCGUAAUAACCUGGGUGGUACAGCAGCAUUGUGGUGCAUGGAGGUAAAGCAGCUGCUGCACCUUCAGAGGCUGUACCUCAUGGGCUGUCGCCUGACAGAGGAAGACAAGAACCAUAUUGAUGAGUCACUGAGUGACCUGAAGAAGAAUGGGUUAGUCAUUAGGACAUACCGUUAAUUUCAGCGAUUAAAAUCCUGAUUUAAAUCGCAUCAUUUUUUUUUUAAACUGUUCCGAAUUUUUCACCACAGUUGUUCCGCAUUUUUUUUAUAAAUGAUUACACACCUGUGAAGGGGUACAAGCCUGCCAGACUGAUUCGCUGACCU